AUGUAUAACUGCUCUGAAGAUGGUGAUUUUAUUGACAUCUUCGGGUCGUAUGAAAAAAUUGAUUGCCUUAGCGGUUCAAAUUAUACCGUUUUAAGUGUAAGCGGCCCAGAUUUUAAUGUCGAUGAAUAUAAUUGCACGUUGAUUAAGAUUGUUUCUGUUCCACAACUGCAACGUUAUACUGCUGGUUUCAGUUAUUUGAGUUAUUAUUCAAGGAUUGAGCUUACUUGGGAUGAGAAGUAUUGUGAUUCAUGUGGGAGACACGUUGAGGCACCUGUUGUCAAUGCUACCACAAGUACAAAUCAGGCAAUUUCACAGAGGCAAAGUUCAACACCUUCUAAUGUACACGGAGGACUUGAUCAGGUCACGAUUAACUCAUAUCCGACGGUGUUGAUUGGCCAGAGUGGCCGCCUGAUUAAACCAGAUGAUGAUAAAUGUUCAAUAUGUUUGACUGAAUACUUAGCUGGUGACACCCUUAAGAUAUUACCUGAGUGUCUUCAUCGCUUCCAUGUCGAUUGUAUUGAUCUAUGGCUAUCGGUUGAAUCCACUUGCCCAAUUUGUAGAACUCUUCCACCACGCAAUUCUUAA